AUGGGCAGCCACGAGAAGGACCUGUCCUCUCCGAAAAGGGCCCUGUCACGCUCCAACAGCACCGUGUCUUCCAAGCACAGCAGCAUUCAGCAGGGCUCGGAGAGCUGGGAGGUGGUGGAGGAGCCAUGUGCGCGGGGCAGCCCGGGCCAGGAGCCGCAGCGGCACGAGGGGUACCUGCUCAAGAAGAGGAAAUGGCCCCUGAAGGGCUGGCACAAGAGGUACUUUGUGCUGGAAAACGGCAUCCUGAAAUACGCCACCACACGCCAGGACGUCCUCAAGGGCAAACUGCACGGAGCCAUCGAUGUCCGUCAGUCUGUCAUGUCCAUCAACAAGAAGGCGCAGCGGGUCGACCUGGACACGGAGGAGAACAUCUACCAUCUCAAGAUCAAGUCCAAGGAGCUCUUCACUAGCUGGGUGAGCAGCCUCUGCUCCCAUCACCAGGGCGAGAGGCCCGAGCUCUGCCCCAGGGGGGGUCCCGCGGGGAGGACCCCCACCAACGCACAGGGCCCAUGGACGCGGAUCCUGCCCUCGGGCAGUGCCCCUGCCCUCUCCACCCUCGCCAGCUCCCGGGACAAGGUGAACGCCUGGCUGAAGGACAGCGAGGGGCUGGAGCGCUGCUCGGCCGAGCUGUUGGAGUGCCAGGUGAAGCUGCAGGAGCUGACUGGCAUGCUGCAGAGCCUGGAGGCCCUGCACCGCAUCCCCUCGGCCCCCCUCAUCUCCGGCAGCCAGCCCUCGGCCACCGCAGAGAGGCCCAAGAAGGGCAGGAGGACCACCAAGAUCUGGUGCACCCAGAGCUUCGCCAAGGACGACACCAUCGGCAGGGUGGGCCGCCUGCACGGUUCUGUCCCCAACCUCUCACGCUACCUGGAGCCGUCCCAGAGCCAGCUGCCCUUCAGCCUCCCCCCUGAGUACAGCCAGCUGCAGAGGAGCUUCUGGGUCCUGGCCCAGAAAGUGCAUGGCUCGCUCAGCAGC